AAAGAUUACAUAUCUUCUAAAGAUAAUUUGACUAUGCUAGUCCCGUGGCAAAAUUCAAAAUGGCUGCUGUCACAUUAACGGGCAUGAAUAUGUCUAUGUGCUUAUGAUUUCUUUUUUUCUGUCAUAUUUUCAUAAAAUUAACGAAUAAUAUUAUAAGAAUGAGCGUUACAUUGCAUACAGAUGUCGGUGAUAUUAAGAUUGAAUUAUUCUGUGAAUUGUGUCCAAAGACUAGCGAGAAUUUCUUAGCUCUAUGUGCUAGUGAUUACUACAAUGGUUGCUUAUUUCAUCGAAACAUUAAAGGCUUCAUCGUGCAAACUGGCGAUCCUACACAGACAGGAAAGGGUGGUACAUCGAUUUGGAAUCGAAAGUUUGAGGAUGAAUUCAAAGAGGAAUUAAAACAUAAUACAAGAGGUCUUGUAUCCAUGGCAAAUAAUGGACCUAACACAAAUGGUAGUCAAUUUUUUAUAACAUAUGCAGCACAACCGCACUUGGACUUGAAAUAUACUUUAUUUGGGAAGGUAAUCGAUGGUUUGGAUACUCUUGAACAGUUGGAAAAACUUCCUGUAAAUCCUAAAAAUUACAAACCUCUCACUGAAACUAGAAUAAACAGUAUAACAAUUCACGCAAAUCCCUUAGCAGGAUAAGUAUUAUUUUUAUCAAAAGUAUAUUUUUGUACAAAAUAUAUAUUACAACCUACGUAACAAUGCAUAUUGAAAAGUCGUUUAAUUUUUAAAAUAAAUUAAUUGAUAUUGUA